UCAUGAUCAGUAGCAGCAGGCUGUGGAUGCAGUUGGCGGGCUCGUGCAUCGUCCUUGCGCUGUACCACGUGGUGAGCAUCGGCUGCUACAGCAGUGACGAGGAGGAGCAGCCUACUACGAUUGCGACUUUGGACGACGGGGAGGAUGAGGAAAGUGGACGUGCUAUUGCGGAUUAUUACGCGCAAAUGUGGUACCGCACGUGGCAGUUCCCACUGAUCACGACAAUGAGUUAUACGACGAUGCUGGCGUUUCUGUUCUUUUCCUUUGGUACGAGCGCGCUGCAAGGGCUCGGAUACUACAAAUCGGCCCCGGAGAACGAACAACCGAUCGUUAUUAAUGGGCACAUCGAAAGCUAUGGGAAUCCCUUCAACAAAUUUUGGGGCUAAACUGGAGGUUAUUGAGGCGGUGCGAAGACUGAUAUUUUAAUGAUAAGUAAUUUAAUUAUUUAAUUGACAAAAUACAUUGUAUUAACUCUAA